UUAGCACGUCGUAGUUUCUCUGUACAACGGCAAAGGAACCAUAAGCAGUUACUAUAUUCACGAAAGAUGUCUGCAGAUUCGGAAAAUGUGUCUGUUGUUCCAAACACUACUUGGGAAUACUUAAACACAACCGCUCAUUUAGACGACCACUGUAAUUGGUUCCUUCCGUGGGUUGAGUGGCUGAAAAUUUUCUUGCUAGCAUUUGGGUUUCUGGGCAAUGGAAUGACAGUUUCGGUCAUUCUUUUCAAAAAGGAUCUGCACCAGAAAACGUUCGCUACAAUAUGUCUGAUAGCCCUGUCGGACUGUCUUUACUGUCUGACUGCGCUUCUAUGGGGAUUCUUCUACUAUGCGUACAUGGAUCCACAUAAUUACAGGGCACUGGAAAACUGUGUCGGCGAGUUCUUUGACAAAUACCUAAAAUCUUCCCUGGUUCUUCUGGCGUCGACAGCUUAUACCACAUCUGGUUUCUACAUAGCCGUUCUAUCUGUUUUUCGUUACAUCAUAAUCGCGUAUCCGUUAAAAUCCAACAUAAUAUUGACCAAAAGAACCGUUUUCGUGACCUUCUUUACAGUUUUCCUCAUAUCACUUGGCUACGGUAUUUUCAAAACUCUUAAAAUCAACCUUAGCAGUAGAUACGUUAAGCCCAUAGAUCUGCUGGUGUCAUACCUGAUUCCGCUCACAGUAAUGGCAGUGUUCCAUACAUUAAAACUGCUGACACUCAAAAGAAAUACAUUUCGUUCAACAAAAAACUCGACUCGCAAAAUGGAGGUGGUGGUCAUUAUGGUCGUGAUGGCCUUCUUCUUGUUUCUGCUCCCUUGGCAUGUGCUGGCGAUUUCCUACGAGUUCCAAUUAUUUGAACCGGGAUAUACUGCAGUAACUGUUAGUUCACUGCUACUUCAACUCAACAACUGUAUUAACCCUGUGUUUUACGCCUUCUUGUCCCCGCGAGUUAGGACAGGCAUCUGUUUUUGUUUCGUUGCAAAAGGCGGAAACAAAAGAAGAACACCAACGGCCACACAAUCCACUAACAUUUAUAGCUCCAAAGCUAACGUUUCUAGUUGUGCCUCUCUAUCAACGUCAGCGUCAGGUGGACCGGUAACCCCGAGCCCGACUCCAAAUGCACAGCGUGUGAGGUCACAUAUCUACACCAACGACUCUUCAACUGGUUCUUUCGGUUCAACUCUGAAAGACUCGCGUCCGACUUUUGCAUAAAUCAUAAUCAAUUUUCAACAGUUAUCUGACGUUACAUUCGUAUGACUAAGCCUCAUGACGUGAGGUGGAUUCCUUAUCGAGUGACGUCAUCAUAGAUUGUUCGCUACACACUGCAUUAUGUAUACAUGUAUGUGAUUAUCAUUACUGGAGAAUAAUUUAAUUCUGGUUGUAACGCGCUUUCUGAAUGGUUAAAAAUUAUUUAAUAUUGCAUAAAGAAUAUUGCCUACGUUAUAGUAAGACUAACUUCAAAAAUGUAUAAAUCCGCCUGAUGUUACGUUUGAAUUUUUACAAUUUGAU